AUGAGCCCCGACAAGUCCCAGGAGGAAAGCCGAGAGGUAGAUAAAGCGAGAACAGGGUGGGAGCCCACGGACAAAGAUGCUUUCAAAGACAUUUCCAUAUACUUCUCCAAGGAAGAAUGGGCAGAGAUGGGAGACUGGGAGAAAAUCCGCUAUAGGAAUGUGAAAAGGAACUACAAUGCACUGAUUACUAUAGGUCUCAGAGCCCCUCGACCAGCUUUCAUGUGUCACCGAAGGCAGGCCAUCAAACACCAGGUGGAUGACACUGAGGAUUCCGAUGAAGAAUGGACACCUAGGCAACAAGUCAAACGUCCUUGGCUGGCCUUCAGAGUGGAGCAGAGCAAACACCAGAAGGGAAUGCCCGGGGCGUCAUUAAGUGACGAAUCUAGUUUGAAGGAAUUGCCAGGAACAGCAAAUUUACUGAACACAAGUGGCUCAGAGCAGCCCCAGAAACCAGUGUCCCCUCCCAGAGAAGCAAAUACCUCUGGACAGCACUCUAGACGAAAAUUAGAACUCAGGAGAAAGAAGAUUGAAGUAAGGGUGUAUAGCCUGCGAGAGAGAAAGGGCCAUGCAUACAAAGAGGUCAGCGAGCCUCAGGAUGACGACUACCUUUAUUGUGAGAAGUGUCAGAACUUCUUCAUUGACAGCUGUGCUGCUCAUGGGCCCCCUACAUUUGUAAAGGACAGUGCAGUGGACAAGGGGCAUCCCAACCGCUCCGCCCUCAGCCUGCCCCCUGGGCUGAAAAUCAGACCAUCGGGCAUCCCUCAGGCUGGGCUUGGAGUAUGGAAUGAGGCAUCCGAACUGCCACUGGGUCUGCACUUUGGCCCGUACGAGGGCCAGGUCACAGAAGACGAAGAGGCAGCCAACAGUGGAUACUCCUGGCUGAUCACCAAGGGGAGAAACUGCUAUGAGUAUGUGGAUGGAAAGGACGACUCUUGGGCCAACUGGAUGAGGUAUGUGAACUGUGCCCGGGAUGAGGAGGAGCAGAACCUGGUGGCCUUCCAAUACCACAGGCAGAUCUUCUAUCGGACCUGCCGGGUCAUCAGGCCGGGCUGUGAACUGCUGGUCUGGUACGGGGAUGAGUAUGGCCGGGAGCUGGGCAUCAAGUGGGGCAGCAAGUGGAAGAAAGACCUCGCCACAGGGCAAGAACCAAAGCCAGAGAUCCAUCCGUGUCCCUCAUGCUCUCUGGCCUUCUCCAGUCAGAAAUUCCUCAGUCAACAUGUAGAACACACCCACUCCUCUCAGAUCUCUCUAAGAACAUCUGGAAGAAACCACCUCCGACCAGAGAAUCCCUGCCCAGGGGAUCAGAAUUGGGAGCAGCAACACUCUGAUCCACACAGCUGCAAUGACAAAGCCAAAGAUCAAGAAGUCAAAGAAAGGUCCAAACCCUCUCAUAAAAAGACACAGCAGAGGGGAAUUUCAAAGGCACUUUCCAGCCCACCCAAAGGAAAAAUGAGGAGCUGUAGGGAGGAUAAAAGAAUAAUGGAGGAAGAGCCCAGAACAGGCCAGAAAGUGGGUCCAGGGGACACAGACAAAUUAUGUGUAACAGGAGGAAUCUCAAGAAUCCCAAGAGUCAAGUAUGGAGACUGUGGGCAAAGCUUCGGUGAUAAGUCAAAUGUCAUUAUACACCAGAGGACACACACAGGGGAGAAGCCCCAUGUCUGCAGGGAGUGUGGGCGAGGCUUUAGCCGUAAGUCACACCUCCUCAUACACCAGAGGACACACACAGGGGAGAAGCCCUAUGUCUGCAGGGAGUGUGGGCGAGGCUUUAGCCAAAAGUCACACCUCCUCAUACACCAGAGGACACACACAGGGGAGAAGCCCUAUGUCUGCAGGGAGUGUGGGCGAGGCUUUAGCCGUAAGUCAGUCCUCCUCAGACACCAGAGGACACACACAGGGGAGAAGCCCUGUAUUUGCAGGAAGGGUGAGUAA